CCCUCCGGGGGCUUUAUGUGUCAUCAAGGUUGGUUGCAUUGGUGACUUGACACGGUACAAAUUUGGCCAAGAUGGAGUACAGACAGCUGAGAGAAAGAUGUAAUGGGUGAAUAAUUUGUUGACAAAGACUUAAUUUAGCCUACAAUGGCACAAGAGUUUAAUAGGAAAGCCCUCACGCUAGUCGUGGCUCAAAUUUGCCAGACUAUAGGGUGGCAUUCCAUAAAUUCUACGCCUCUAGAAUUACUGGUUGACCUCUUGCAUAGAUACUUGUUUGAAGUUGGAAAAAAUGCUCAUCUCUAUGCAGAACAGCUGGGACAUACCACUCCAGAUUUGGACGAUUUGGGUCUUGCUUUUCAAGAAAUGGGAGUUAGUGUUGAAGAUCUUAAAGAAUAUGUCCAAUAUGUUGAUUCAGUACCUUUCAUCCAUCAAGUCCCUAAGUUCCCAGUACCUCGAGAAUCCCAUCUCAACUUUCUCAAGCCUGGGAGUCGAGAAGUCGUCACUCGGCCUGUUCAUGUUCAUGAAUAUCUUCCACCUAUGUACCCUGAUCUAGAAAAUGAAGCUGCUGAAGAAUAUCCUAAUAAAAACAGUCCAUUGUCUGUGGAUAUAUCAUCUCCUGGGCCAAGUAGCGGUCCAAAUAGCGCAGGUGGAAGCCUUUCUCCACAAUCAAGCCCCAAACCUAAUCCACUAAAUCCAUUUAAGCGACCAGGAGAACCUAUUACAGCAGAAAGUCCAGCCCUUAAACGUGCUCGUGUGCUUAUGGAAGAGGAAGGCAGGCCGUUGAGGGAAAUAAGCAGUGUCAUGAUGACAACCUCUGGCUUUUUAUCUCCUGCGAGAGAAGGCAAGCUUCCUGAGGCAAGAACACCCCUACAACCAUCAGAUUCAAGGUCCAACUCUCCUCAACCAUCCCACUACCCAUCUGUACCCCCUGAAGUUAACAAGUCUGAUAAGAAACUUAAAAAGCUCCUACCCAAAAAACCCACUGAUAUUACAAAAAAAAUGGACAAAGAAAACAAGAAGAAGGACCACAGCAGGGAAGCGGAACCUCAAGGCGAGUCAAAUAUGGAUGAGUCUAACGUUGCAAAAUUAGUGAGCAUGAAGGAAACAUCUAAAUUGAAAGCCUUCAAGCCAGCUGGUUUUAAGCACCAACAGCCUCAGCCAGGCUCUUCAUCCUCUGCAGGUGCUUACAAGAUUCCCAAGGUUUCGGCCAAUAAAUCGCCCAAGCGGCCCAAACAGGCACAUGCUCCUCACAACCUCGGGCCUCCAGCAUCUCCUCCUAUGUCAGAUUACGAUGACAAGAUUUCUUCUGCUCCUGAUCGCCAAAAACUUUCAUUCUUCAAAAAGAUAUCCAAAGUUAAGGAAGAAAAACCAGAAAGGACUGACAAAAAUGAAAGAAUCAAUGAAAGUCCCAUUCCCAUGAAAGAAACAAAAAAUAUUUCUGGAGGAUGGGUUGUCAAUGAAGAAAAGGCAAGAAAAGAGGUCAGAAGUUCUCAAAUAGACAGCUGCAUAGAAUCAGUAAUUCAGCAAGGCAUACAAGAUUGUGAAAACAUCAAGAGGGAGAGGGAUGUCAGUGUAUCUAGUGACUCCUUUGUUGAUGUUGGGGGCACUAGCAUGGCAGCAGAUAGUUCUCCCCUGCACACAUACCCCUUUGAAUUUGAUGCUUCUCCACCUCAUUCACCUGCUGCUCCUAAGACACCAGAAAUUGUUCAUACUCUUCUUGCCAAAGAGGAAAGCAAGAAGAAAAAAGAGAAAUCAAAGUUAAAGAAAGAAAUGAGGGCAAAGUCAAAAGAGCUGAGUCCUAAGAAAUUGAAAAUGGAACCCAACGAAGAUGACUAUGUAGAGCGCCCCAAAACCCCUGAGGUGAAACUUGAUUUCAAACCAUACCAAUAUGUCUCCGUUCCCCCUCAUCCUGGGCUUAUUCCCCCUCUAUUGGAUAACAAGAGACCUGAGAACCUGGCAUUGAUUCAUUCUCCUCCACGAGAUUGCCUUUCACCUGAGAAACCAGUGACACCUGGAGCUGGAGUUUUAGGGACAUCCCUAAGCCAUCAGAUGCAGACCCCUACAACAAUGCAUUCCUUCUUCCACAACUCUCCUGCCUCAUCAUCUACUACAACACCCACUGGAGUGCCUGUGACUCCUGGUGCUGGAAUUUUGCCUCUCACCCCAGGAUACAAUCUCCCUUCAGUAAGUCCUCUGAUCAAGAAGAAAGGUCUGGAUGGCAAAGGAAAGAAUCUGGAAAAGACCUAUGCAAAUUCUGGUGGCCAAGACAGUGACGUGGGGCAGGGUGGGAUGCAAUGCCAUCAAGUGAGCAAGCAGAGAGGACUCGUCUUAGUUCUGAAAAAAGAACACAAAAAAGACAAGAAGGAUAAAAAGGAUAAGAACAAAAUUAAGAAGAAGAAGGAUAAGAAGGAUAAAAAUAAAGACAAAAGCCUCAAGAAGAAGGAUAAAGUCCUCAAGAAACUUAAGGAUAAAAAUGAUUUGAAAGGUCUUGAUAAAGUUAAGGACAAGAUCAAAGAUAAGAAGAAGGACAAGAAAAAGAAAGAGGAGCCUCCCCCAUUGCUUGUAACUGAGGAAAUGGGUGUCCCAAAAUUGACGUUACGGAUUGGUUCUGACUCACCUCGUCCUGCUACUCCUGAGGCUGCUCUGCCGACAGCACCACUCACAGCUCCAAAAAUCCCGCAAUCAUUGUCAGGAACACAAAAAGUAAUCAAACCUGUUAAAAAGCCUGUUUCUGAAGAGGAAAGAAUGUUGAAGGCUGGUCUCAUGCCAGAACCACCACUAUUUUCUUCCUCUCAUGUAAUUGAGUCUGAGCGAUAUCGCCGUGAAAAAGAACUGAAACGUGAGCGAGAAAAAGAGCAAGAACGGGAAAAAGAGAAAUUGGAAAAAGAAAGGCUUGAACGAGAAAGAGAAUUGGAGAGAGACAGACAGCGGGAAGUGGAAAGAGAGCGUGAGCUUGAAAGAGAGCGAGAAAGAGAACGUGAUGAAAGGGAAAGAGAAAGGGAAAAGGAGAGAGCUAGAUUGGCUGCUCUAGACCAAACAUCUCGGACUCCGGUCUGUGCUGUAAAACCAUCUAAACAGAAAUCAAGUAAGACUCAUAAACACCCCUUCUCUGAUCUGUCAUCUUUCACAUCUGCCUCCUCCCCCUUCCCGACCCUAUCCGCCUCCCAAAACCAACUAGAUACCCCCAAAGUGAAAAAAUCUUCAAGCAAAAAGGAUAAAUCUCUGAAAAAGUUAGAACGAACAGUUAGUCCGUCACCAGAUAUUAAUCCUGUGCGAACUGUCGCACCAACACCAGUUGCUGUAGGUGGUCCUGCGACUCCUCUAACAUCUGAGCAAAUUACUUCAGGCAUCAUUUUUGAUGCAAUGGGUAACAAAGUUUGGAUAUGUCCUUCUUGCAAGUGCCCAGAUGAUGGAAGGCCCAUGAUUGGUUGUGAUGACUGUGAUGCCUGGUACCAUUGGGUAUGUGUAAACAUAACAAUUGCUCCUGACGAAAAUGAAAACUGGUACUGUCGUUUCUGCACCAUGAAAAAAUCUGAAAACCUGGACAAGAAGAAGAAAAAGAAGUCUAAGAAAAAACCUAAAGUACCUGUUUGAUGAAAAUUAGCUAAUCAUAAUUUAAAAACUUAUGGGAACACUAUGAGGAAAUCAGUUUGUAGUGAAAUGUUUUUAAUGCAUUUUAUUUCUUUCAAAUGUUGCUAAAUUAUUUUUGCUCAAAGCAAUUCAUGUCCAUUUAAUCAUAAAUUGUCAACAACUUCACAGUUGUGUUGCAUUGUUUCUAAGUGUUUAUAAUGCUGUUUUCUACUGUUUACUGUAUGUCAUGUGUAUUGUAUAACAUAUUUAACUAUCCAUUUUGAGGUGGAAGCUAUGUUGUUUUGUUUUUUCUUCUUUUUUUAUUAUGCAGUAGAGUCUCAGUUCACUGAAUUUUGAAUAAGCAAGGACUGCAUAAAUCAGAGUUUCUUAUAAAUGAAUAUCAGCAGGGUUGCAAAAGCACUCAUGCUGAUGAAAUUUUAUGUAUAGUGUAAAUAGUACUGAACUUUAUAUAAUUGUAAAUUCUUUAUGAAUUUUUGUGUAGUUGAUUUUGAUGAACAUUUUAGCUAACUGAUGCAACUCAUAGAUGUAUUUGUUGUUGUUGGGCUCCACUAGUCUGAAACUGAAGAAUCAAUAUGAAAUUUAUCAGUUCAUCUGUUGUAGUGUAGUUUCACAGUGUAUUUACUUAUUUCCAUUUAACUGGAUGUUGGUGAUAUAUUACAUUGCAUGUAUAUUUGAAGCUUGUUUUAUUAGGGUAGGACUUAGGGAGCCGUUGCUACAUCCCUAAUUUUCUAACCCAUUCCUUCUACCAUCUUUGUACCUUACAGUUGCCAAUAUAGACAAACGUUUAGUUUUUGUGAAUUUCAUAUGUUGGUUGCCUUUUUUCAACCCCUUCAAAAGGAGUUCCCACAAGCUUGUAAAAUUUAAUGAAACACACCCUUUGAUUUAUUUUCAUAGUAAAUAGGGGUUUGUUGUUGUUGUUCACAUGUGUAAUGCAUUGUUUAGGUCGUAUGUAGUCAGCAGGGUUUUGUCGUAUUGACACAAAAUUUGAACACAAGUUGUUUUCUUUUUCUCAGGCAUAAGUGCAAUCAAUAUAUUAUAUUAUUAUAGUACAUACUUGUGUAAGGAUAACACUAUCUUGUCAUUAACACAUGUUGCUCCCAUUUUAUAUUGAUGCAAUGUAACCAAAAGUAGCAAUAAGUCAGUUAUCACAAUUUUAUUGUUCAUUUUUGGUUAGAGCUUCAGGUGUAUCAGAGGUAUAGGAAAUAUCCAAAGUGUGAUCACGGACAUGCUGUUGUCUUGGCUGUACACCUUUACAGUUUUAUGGCUAAACAGUAAAUGCUUUAAUUUUUAAAAAAUAUAAAUAAACUUAGUGUGACGAGUUUACAUUUA